AUGAUCAAGAUUAGCAAGGGGGGACCCUUUGAAAUAGUCAAAACAGCACAAUUCGCCUCAAUUCAACUUAGUAGAUUACGCUGUCAUGGUCCCGAUGCUGUUAGUCGUUCACAGCGUUUUAUGGCGACAAAAACGUCCUUCAAAGACCUCGAUUUGAAGAUCGGUUUCACGGCGAAAGUCGAGCUUCACGGCGAAUCAGAUAAGCUUUACGUGUCCCAGAUUCAAGUGUCUAGCGAAGAUGAUUCGGUUACAAGACAAGUGUGUAGUGGGCUGCGCGAUCAUCUGUCGAAGCAGGAACUCGAAAACAAACUGGUCGUGGUAGUUGACAAUCUCAAGAAAUGCAAACUACGCGGCGUGGCAAGCGAAGCAAUGGUUUUGUGUGCAGACGAUGGUCAGAAUAAAGUGCAACUGUGUCGCCCGUUAGCGUUUGAUCGCGAUCUUACGGGCAGCCGAAUCGUUCUCGCGCUAAACGAUCAGAACGAGUUAACCAAACCUGGCAAGCUUAAAAGGUCUCAAUGGGAUCAGAUACGCUCUGGACUACGUGUGGGAGCUGGGAAACCGCUUUCUGUCGAUACCACUAUCCGAGACGUCACUUACCGCGAUCCAGAAACAGGUCAAGAAUCGUGCCUUGGGAUCCGGAAGAACGGCAAUUGGAUCCCAAUAGUAGUCGAAAACAUGGCACCUGGCACCGAGAUCAAGUGA